UUAAUUUAAAUGUAUAAAAGGAAUUUCAGAUGGCUAUAAGAAUAUGGAUUACAAAGAAAAAUAUGAAGAGCUUUUGGCUGAGAUUGAAAAAUCAGAACUAGAAUUUGGUCAAAAACGGGCUCAGUUUCGGCAAUUGUACUUGGAUUGUGAAAAUAAACUAAAAGACCAAAAAGAUAUAACAAAGCAACAUGAACAGAAAAUAUCAGAACUUACAAAGCAGUUAGAAAUAUAUAAAACAGAAAAUGAAGGAAUCCAGACUGCUGCUAGACUUUCCUUAGAAUCAUAUAAUGAAGAUUUGACUGCUUUGAAAAAACAACACAAAGAGCAGUUAUCAUCGCUUCAGCAUCUUUGGGAAGUUAGCUCUCAAGAAAGAAUAAAUUUAAUUACAAAACAGUUUGAAGAUGAUAAAAAUAAAUUGAUUCAAGUAAAUAAUAAGCUGGAGCAGCGAUUGAAAGAAUUGAAAGGUGAUUACCAAGAUGAUUCUAAUAAAGAUGGCUUGAUUUCAUUAAUGUCAAAUGCUUUUUCUAGAAAGUCUUUGGAAACCAAAUCCAGUUCACUGGAAAUCAAACAAUACCAGGCCCAAGCAGAUAUCGAUGCAUGGAAAUCUGUUGUUGGUCCAUUAGAAGAGGAAAAUGCAUUGUUAAAGAAACAGUUGAAAGAAUUAAAAGAAGAUAACAGAAAUUGUCCCGAUAGAAAUAAUAUAGAAGAUGAAAAUUUCAAAGAAAAGCUGAACGACACAAAGAAGUACUUGGAUGCAGAACGAUCAGCUCGAGUUGAUCUUGAAAUGUAUGUUGCAGUUUUGAAUACACAAAAAGGUGUGUUACAAGAAGAUGCAGACAAACUUCGAAGGGAAUUGCAUAGUGUUUGUCAUCUCUUGGAGCAAGAAAAAUCAAACCAUAAGGAACUAAAAGAGACAUGGACACUUGCUAAUGAACAAUUUAUUACUACACAUAAUGCAAUGCAAAAAGAAAUGGAGUUGAUGCGUGAGGUGCUCACAUCUCAACAACUUGAGCAAAUCUCUAAGAGUCUUAGAAAUAAUUUUAGUACAUUCAAACCAGUAACAAACUCAGAAAAACAAAAAAGCAUAGAAAGUCUUAUUAGUUUUGACAAAGAAAAACUGAGCCCUCAGUUUUUGAAACGAAAGUCACCUGCUAUUGCUAGUAAAAUAAAAACGAGUAUAUCGGGAAGAAUUUUUGACUCACUCUUUCCAGCUGCCAGAGAACUUAAUGAGUUAAUAAAUAAGGACAAAGAAAAAAAUAGGAAUACCAGUUCACCAAAUUUGUUGUUAUCCGAUAGUGAUGAUGACAUAGAGCAAGCUAUUAUAAAACAAAAUCAUGAUCGUUACAAUAUAGAAAAAGCAGAAGAAGCAUUUGGCAUGGAAACACCUGUAAUUAAUGAGUCUGAAAAAAAUAUACUGGGAUUAAAAAAAUCUUCAUCUCAUGGAGAUAUAAUAAAUGUUGAAUCUUCUUCACAAGAAUAUUUACAGGAAAAGUCUUUAUCACAAGGUGAUGUUUCAUGGAUUAAAAAUCAAAAUGAAGAGUCAUGGAGUAAUCGAAGCAAGAAUCGAGAUGAAGAAUCGUGGAGUAUACAAGACAGUACAAUGACAGAUGAAACAGAAUCAAAAUACUCAAUGACAUCAUCAAUGGUUGAGAAAAAUUGGAUAGAAGAAAUAAGCCAACCGAAUCAAUGCAUGAUGUGUCAAAACUAUGAAGAGCAGUUGCAAAGAAUCCAGGCUAAGUUUAUGAACGUUAAAGAAAAAGAAGAGAGACUUAAAGUUGAUUUGGAAAAAUUGAAGACAGAAUUAGAAUCAGAACGCGAAAAAUUUAAUAGUUUAAAGAAAAGUACAGAAAUUGCUGCAGCAGAUACGAGUUCCCAGAUCAGUAUAUACAAAACGAAUCAGGCGGAAGUAGACAAACAAGUUCAGCUUCUUUUUACUCAGUUUUAUCAGUUUCAAAAUGAUAUUAUUAUUGAAAUGAAAAACUUGGCUGAAGAGAGAGAUCGUUGCUUAGCAGAAAUGACAUCUCUAAAAGAGCAUGAUGAAAGUAAUAAAUGUGGUUCUCAUGGAGAUCUUACUGGAAAUGAGGAGCAUUUAAAGAGUGAAAUAAUGUUGUUGAAAGAUCGUCUCAUGGCAGAGCAGUUUGAUCGUGAAACCACUGAGAAAAUAUUAGAACAUAACCUAGACUUAGCUAAGAAACAAAUUGCAACGAUGGCGAAAAACUCCGCUCUAUUGCAAGAGGACUCGCGGUCUCAAGAUCACUCGCGGCCGCAAGAUUCCGCGUGGUUACAUGAUCAUGAAAGUCAAUGAUUAGAAGACUUAAAGGUGGUGGAGGUGAUUCUUAAGAAAAAAGAUUUGUGAUGGGUUUCUGGUAGUUCUUUUUAAUGAACACUUUCUGGUAAAAAACUUCACUUAAAUUUUGCAUUUGUAAAAACUAAACUGUAAGUAAAAAAAUUUAAAAAAUAAUUCUAAAAAUCAAAUUAUAAAUAAACGACGUUUUUAAA